AUGGCGAUUCACAGAGGCGGCUCGGUCUACCAGUGCCUGGCCAACGGCUCGGUCUACCAGUGCCUGGCCAACCUGACCGCCGCCCUCGAACUCGUCGGCCAGUUAAACGCGGCAGAGUACAACGGCGCCGCCGGCGCGCUGAGCCUGCUGCCGACGGCGGGAGCUCUCCUCGGGGCGCCGACCCGUGAGAUGUGGAUUGUCUAUAAAUUGGUACCGCUGGCCGGAGUCCUCAGCAUGUUUCUCAGUCUCGGCGGCUCCAUCACCCCGUCCAACGUGGGCGAGUACGACCCGGCUGAGCCCUUCUCGUACGGCGGCUUCAUGCCUACGACGGGAGUCACCGCGACCAGGCACAUGCUGUCUUCCUCGGCCAACUCCUUUAACGGCAGCGUGCGGCAGCUCUGCUCUACCGAGGCACAGGAUGACGUGUCUGCUGCACAGAGGUUCGCCGCAGAAGUCCAGCAGAGGGCAGACGACGAUAGCGGUGGCGACGUGGGACCCGGACUGUUUGUUGCCAUGGCCUUGCAGUCCAUCCUCGUGAUAGGCUUGCUUGUGCCCAUGUGGUAUGCGCAGAGGGGAGCGGUCGUGACGUGGUGGUGUCGAGUCUGGGGGUGGAUGUACUUUUGGUAUUUGCUAGUCUCGGCAGUUUCCAUCUUUGAUAAUCUGGUUGCCGCGCCGUUUACACGGAGCUGGACUAUCCGUGUCUCGAGGAAGCCAACGGGGAUCCUGCUCGACGACACCGUGCCCAAGAUUACAGACCGUCGAGGAGGCAGGUAUGCAAAUGCACUCGAGGCUCUCAAGGCCGGGCCAAACACGAACCAACACAUUCGCAUUGCCACAGAUAAAGGAUCAGGCUACUCAAGAACAUGCUUCUACGUGGUCAUCUCUAUACAAGGGAUCUCUCGGCUACAUGCCAUAGCGCAGGUCCUGUCAAAGGGCGCAAGUGUGGCCGUAUUCGCGUUUGGCACGGCACUAUUUGCUUCGGCAACGCUCAUGUCCAUAUCCGUUGCGCUCAUGGUCCUUUGUAUUUUACUAGUGUGUGGCGUUGCAGGAAGGGUCAUUGCCAUGUGGAUUGUUGCGCAGAUUAGUCGCGAGAACAAGCCGAUUCUACAUAAGCUGGUCAAGUCGGAGACGGAAGCUGGCGAGUUCAUACAUGCCAUAUGCGAGCUUGACCUGCAGCUUGAGAUACACGGCCACGUUAUCAUGAGCGGCUGGUGUAUAAAAUCUCGAAGCGCCUUCCUGUCAGCAGCGACGUAUAUCGGGCUGAUGGCCAAGCCGUUUAAUGCCAUUCAGUUGGCAGAAAAGGCCAUGCGCGGCGCCGUAGUUUCUCAGGAUGUGGCCGGGACAAGAGCGACGGAGUGGGGUAUAGCGUGUUGA